AUGAGCAGGCCGGUGGCGGGGCCCGACUGCUGCGGAGGCCUGGGCAACAUCGACUUCAGGCAGGCAGACCUCUGCGUGAUGACCCGAUUGCUGGGCUACGUGGACCCCUGGGAGCCCUGCUUUGUGGCCGCCGUCCUUGCCAUCGUCUUCAACCCGCUCUUCUGGAAUGUGGUGGCCAGAUGGGAACAGAGAACGCGGAAGCUGAGCGGAGCCCUGGGCUCCCCCUACGUGGCCUGCUACGCGCUGGGCGGGGUCAUCCUGCUCCUGAACGCCCUGCGCUCACACUGGUUCACUCAGGCCAUGCGGAACCAGCCCCGGAUGGACAGCCUGGACACGCCCACGGCCUACCAGGCCGGCCUGGUGCUGCUGGGCGCCGGCAGCGUGCUGGUGCUCUCCAGCUUCGCCGCCCUGGGCUUCACCGGGACCUUCCUGGGUGACUACUUCGGGAUCCUCAAGGAGGCCAGAGUGACCAAGUUCCCGUUCAACGUCCUGGACAACCCCAUGUACUGGGGCAGCACGGCCAACUACCUGGGCUGGGCCAUCAUGCACGCCAGCCCCGCCGGCCUGCUGCUGACUGGGGUGGUGGCCCUCGUCUACGCGGCCGCCACCCUGUACGAGGAGCCCUUCACCGCUGAGAUCUACCGGCAGAAAGCCUCCCAGGCCCGCAAGAGCCGCUGA